UGCUCCUGAUAGAAUCAAAUUUAACUACUGCGCACCGGCAGAAUUUGUUUAUUAUGUUCGGUGAUUUUCGAUCGGAAGGUUAACACGCCGAUAGUUUAUUUAUUGUAUUUUAAAGUGUUCGGAUGUUAUAGUUUAAAUUAGUUAAAAGUGAUAAAAGUGAUAAAUUAGAAUAAAAAUAAACAAAAUGAAUAAAACUAACGUUGGGUUGAUGCUUGAUAUUGUCGAGCAUGUACGAACAGUUGACAACUUUACUUUAAGCGAAGUAGCAGACUUGGUCAAAAUGGCGAUGGACACUUACGGCAUCAUUUUAAAUCGAAUCAGCGAUCCACGAACGUCAGAAUGGCCGUUCAUGAUGAGUCCGCUGCCCACCAUCUUGAUGGUGCUUGCUUAUCUCUACGUCAUAAUAUUUUUGGGACCUCGAUUGAUGGAAAACCGCAAACCAUUCAAAUUGAGAGAAGUGCUUAUCCUCUACAAUGGUGGUCAAGUGAUGCUUAGCCUUUACAUGUUGUACGAGCAUUUGAUGAGUGGAUGGUUCUUCGACUACAGUUAUGUUUGUCAACCUGUUGACUACUCAAAUGGCGACAAAGCAAUCAGAAUGGCAAAUCUUUGUUGGAUUUAUUACAUCUCCAAGUUAACAGAAUUUGCUGACACGAUAUUCUUUGUGAUGCGUAAAAAAGACAGUCAAAUAUCAUUCCUGCAUCUUUAUCAUCACAGUCUAACACCGUUGGAGACGUGGAUUCUGGUUAAAUUUGUAGCCGGUGGGCAUGGAACGUUCUCGAAUUUGAUCAACAACAUGGUGCACGUUAUCAUGUAUUUUUACUACAUGGUGGCGGCGAUGGGACCGCGUUAUCAGAAAUAUCUCUGGUGGAAAAAACACUUGACGACUAUUCAACUAGCACAAUUCUUUUUGGUUUUUAUUCACUCUGCUCAACUGUUGUUUGUUGACUGCGGUUAUCCACGUUUCCUUGGCGCUCUGCUGCUCCUCCACUCGACGAUUUUCUUCGCUCUCUUCUCACACUUUUAUUACAAGACUUACAAGGCCAACAAUGCAAAACUUGCCCAAAUAUCAAAUAACAAUACAACCACAAAAGUUAAACAACAAUGAUCAAAACAACAGCACCAAGGCCAAACAUACAGUCUGUUCACGUUGUACAAGUUGCAUAUACUCACUUCAGGUAUUUAUUUUUACUGUUGCGUCAACAAUUUCAUCAUCACAGUUUUAGGUUAGGUAUAGUUGUGUAUUUCUAGGUUAUACCUACGACAUAGUGCAAUAAUCAACGCAAUGCUCAAUAUUCAUCAAGAUUUAUGUUAUAUUAUGAUAUUCUUAGUUAACACGUACUUAAUCAUUAAAUUUGUAAAAGUUUGAAUCCAAAUAAUAAACAUUUUUUAAUAUUUGAAAAUACCAAA